AUGUGCAAUCGAUCACUUUACGCUGACUCGUUCGCAAAAGAAGUGAAAAUUGAUAUUGAUGUGAUUCGUCCGCGAAUGCAAACGGGAUUCUUGGUCAAAGCGAUGCCGCCUGAUUGUCGUGCCUCUGAUGUCGACGUCACAACCAUUGCUGGCGCGUGGAGCUUCAUGAGACUUGCAAUGCACAACAAAGCGCCUACAAUAUCACGAUACAAAAUUCUGGGUGCAAACACUUCGUCGACCACUGGUUUCGUGAGCUUUGAAUUGCUGUCGCUAGCGUGUGUCCGCCCUUGCAGUUUUGCGUACGGGACUGAUCUGCAAGUCAUUUGUUUACGCACGUUAGCCCAUUAA